UGGAUUUCUGAAAUAACGGCAGUACCAUCGAGCUUCUCGAACCUGACGGUUGAAUAUUAUAUUUUCAUGGAUUGAAUAAAUAUCCACGAUCAAAAACCGCUUUAUCGUGCAUACGUGUAAACCUUUGGUAGUGAAUUAUAGUUUUGCCAUAUAUAAGUAACCGGUGGUCCAUAGAAGCAAUAAUUUUACCACGAUUUUUAAUUAAAAUAACGAAAUAGCAGAAGAAAUGAAGAAAUUGCUUUUAGUUACCAGUCUUUUGCAUACGAUUGCAUUAUCUUUAUGUGCACCAUCACCCAGAGAAACACAUAAAAGUUCAAAUACGACAUACGAUCAGCGACAGGUUGGCAAAUACAACAUACAUUUUAAUAUCAAAGAUGUGGCCAUAAUUGCACUGAGCUCAGAAGAUAUCGUUGAUCACAUUGGGGACUCAGAUUCGUAUGCUGAUUAUUACGACUACGAAGACUCAGAAUUCACCGUCAAUCCAAUAACAGCUGACCUAAUUGGAAAACCGACUACUUCGAAGCCAACCUCCAGCCAUCAGACAUUAUUUCCAUCCAUUGCUGGUCUGAAUUUGAGUUCAAUUCCUAUGUCGUCGGAAUCGUCAGCAACAACAGCAAGUGUACCAGAAACUCUUGUAGUCAUCCAUGACAAGCCUUCAAUGCCUUCAAUAUCGCAGGAGAAUGAUAAAGUUACAGAAAGUUCGAGCGUUAGUUAUCAACCAGAUCAGAUUCCUGUUCAAGUUAUCGUAGAACCGAUAUUAAAGCCAAAAACACGACCAUCUGUGUCACCAUCAAUGAAACGGAAAAUAACAAACAGACAAGUUAGUGUUAGAAAUGACGAUGAUGAUUAUGAAGUAAGACCCAGACGCCGACGGGGUCAAAUUAUCGAACGAAUGAGAUUGCGCAGGGCUCAAAACCGGCGAAACGGUAAUGGAUGUGAAAAUGGUCAAGUGAGUGAUGGUCAGAUUGGUUGUCGAGUUCGACGUUCCGGUAUGGGUGCAUUUUUGGGAAUGUUAGCAAAAUUUUUGCCAACACGAGACAACGAGGAAUAAACUGGUGGUAAGGAUUAAAAAGACUUUGGUUUUUGUUCAUUUUUCUUCAGUAUUUAUAAUAACAUUCCAUCAGUCGAAAUUUCAUUUGCCUUAAAUAAGUGUUCGUGUUUGAUUACAUUGUAAAAUACAAUUAGUAAAAAAAAAUUACUUGCACUCUCGAGUGAAUACAAAACAUUUUUUUUGUCGUUUAAAUUUAAAUCACAAAACAAAGUCAAACAUUUUUUUUUGUAUAAAAAUUGCACCUGAUUACUUAAAUUACUUAAAAUUAAGACUGGGUUUUCUUACUUUUUAAGUUUUGGAAUUCAAUCAAUUGUUUAAAACUAAAUAAAUGAAAGACUCGAAAUUGAAGAAAAUUGGGAAGAGCUCUCUCGUUUUUCUA